UAUUUAAAUUUCGAUAAAAGUUUGAUCUGAAAUCAUGGGAAAUACCGAAAGUAAUGUAACCAGUGCCGUGAAAAAACAGGCAGGAACCUCGACUCAGUCCAUGUACAAAUUGGUCAAUGUGAAAGGCGGCGGACUCCUUGUUGAUAUGAUGAAACGCGCUUCCCAAAACAAACAAUUCGCAGAACUGGACCACGCAAUCAAAACAAAAGUUGAACCUUAUUUAUAUAACAAAGGAGCUGGGAAAUAUAUCCCCAUCUCAAAGUUGGUGCUUCUAAGAAAUAAGGAACGUCCUAGGCAUAAGCAACUACCUGAAAUCCGUGCAUUAGAUAACCCCGACGAGGACUUCAACAUUGAUGAUUACUGCCCUGAAGUCACAGAAGCGGAAUACAUGGCGAAUCCAAGUGCUUACCGAGAAGUUUGCUGGAAUUUGAAUGAACGUGGUGCGGUGGGAGAAUCAAUCCUUCAUCUCUGUCUCUUGAAUGCAACUUCAGUCCACGCUGACCUCGCCAAACGCCUCCUUCGGUUCUACCCGAAACUUAUACUGGACGUGUACAUGUGCGACGAAUACUAUGGUGAAAGUGUCCUGCACAUAGCCAUUGUCAACGAAGACCCAGCCAUGGUGAAAUUUCUGCUGGAUGCAGGAGCCAACGUUGAGGAACGCUGCUACGGAACAUUCAUGAGUCCAGAGGAUCAAAAAUUUUCCAGAUACGAUUCACCUGAGCAUGAACAUGUAGGCGUGACUCCAAUUAGUAACUACCAAGGAUACGUUUAUUGGGGUGAAUACCCACUGAGUUUUGCAGCAUGCUUGGGACAAGAGGAAUGUUAUCGAUUGGUAUUAGCACGAGGAGCUGAUCCUGAUUUGAUGGAUACCAAUGGGAAUACAGCACUUCAUAUGUUGGUGAUUUAUGAGAAACUUAGUACCUUUGAUAUGGCGUAUGAGGUUGGAUCGUCUAUUCAUAUAAGGAAUGUCCAGAAUUUGACCCCGUUAACGUUAGCUGCAAAGCUAGGACGUACAGAGAUAUUUUUCCAUAUUAUGAAUAUUGAGCGGGAGAUCUACUGGCAACUCGGAAGUAUAACAUGUGCCGCCUAUCCGCUAUCCCAGAUCGAUACAAUCGAUGUAGAAACAGGAAACAUUAGCAAGGAUUCAGCUCUGAAUCUCGUUGUUUUUGGUGACAAGGACGAACACUUGGAACUUCUCGAUGGCGUCCUAAUCGACUUAUUGAAAACUAAAUGGAACACUUUUGUUAAGUCACGUUUCUACAGACAGUUCUAUCUUUUCACCGCAUACUUUCUGGUAUCUUUGGUGAGUUUCACUUUACGACCAGGACCUGUAUUGGACACGGAUGAUGAUGAUGAUGAUGGAGAUACCAAUGGUGAUGGAAGCGAUGAUAAGGUUAAAAAUGGAACUGUUGUACGUCAGCCACAGACGAAUAGUAGAUACAGUAGUUUAGGGAAUGUGAAUGCUACAAGGAUAAGUUUGAGUCCAGAGAAUCCAAGCAAGGAACAUUCUCUGGCUCAGAUGAAAAGGACGAGCAAGGGCUUUAUAAAGGAUGAUAACCCAUUUUGGUAUAACACAACAGAAUUCAUUAACGAGAAGGAAAAUGCAUCCCCCUGGUGGGCGACGUACGCUGAGUGUCCUCUAAUGAAUGUUGAUACCACAAAAGCUCAGAUACGCCUAACCGCAGAGCUUAUCCUUCUGAUCGGAGCGCUACUGUAUAUUAUCGCAGCUCUAAGGGAAUCCCGAUUUUUAGGCUAUAAAAUGUUCAUAGAAAAUUUGAUGACUGCGCCAUCUCGCGUUAUGUUCCUUUUCUCUUGUUGCCUAAUGCUGACUGUGCCAUGGCUUCGGCUGUCUUGCUUAACGGAAAUGGAAGAUCACGUCGUCGUUUUUAUAAUGCUAACGACUGCACCAUACUUCCUAUUUUUCUGUAGAGGGUUCAAAACAGUCGGUCCUUUCGUUGUCAUGAUCUAUCGUAUGGUCAUGGGAGAUUUGCUCCGAUUCGUCGUCAUCUACCUUGUUUUCGUUAUGGGCUUCUCACAGGCCUACUACAUUGUCUUCCUAUCCUUCGAUAAUCCUGAAACACCGGAUGAUGUUGAUGAUACCCAAACGAAUCCUCUACCUUCGCCUAUGGAGUCUAUCGUUGCAAUGUUUCUCAUGUCCUUGACAAACUUCGGUGGCUACUAUGAAGCAAUGGCAAGGACAAACCAUGAAGUGGAAGCCAAAAUCCUUUUCGUCCUUUAUAUGGUUAUUGUAGCUGUGCUCCUGGUGAACAUGUUGAUCGCUAUGAUGGGAAAUACAUACCAGAAAAUUGCAGAAACCAGGAAUGAAUGGCAGAGACAGUGGGCAAGGAUAGUGCUGGUUGUGGAGAGAGGAGUUGCUCCUGCAGAAAGAUUACAGAAUUUGAUAUUCUAUAGUCAACCAAUGUCAGAUGGACGAAGGGCCUUAGUGCUAAGAUUGAAUAUGACAGACAGCGACAAAGAAGAAAUGAAGGAAAUCCUGGAGAUGAAACGAAUACAUGAACGUCUAUCAAAGAAGCGAAAACUAGAAAGAGAGAAACGCAUGGCCGAGAAGAAAAAGUUGCAUGAAAAGUUUUUCGGAAAAUCAACCCCUGAUAUUAUUGAAUAG